CUGACAAUCAUUAUAGGCCAUGUAUACAGAAAAUUGGAUAAUUUACCUGAUCCUACAAAUUACAAUUAAUAUUUACGCAAACUGAUAGUAUUCAUAAAGAUUUACAGGCAGUAAAACAAUUAAUUUAAUGUUUAUAACGGUACAAAUAAUAGGGCAGAACUGUAACUAAAUUUGAACGUCUUAUGUGUUAUUACUAGGUUAAGGGAGUUAUUGGCCUCGUUAGUAGCAUUGAAACGCAUUUUAACCUAGACGCAAAAUGCCAGGGACUAGCAGCUUGAAAGUUGCUGUCAUAUGUUCAAGUAACAUGAACAGAAGUAUGGAAGCCCAUGCUUUCUUAAGUAAGAAGGGGUUUCAUGUCGAGUCUUACGGCACCGGAGACAAAGUGAAGCUACCAGGACCAGCCCCAGACAAGCCAAAUUGCUAUGAGUUUGGAAUAACAUAUGACGAAAUAUAUCAAGAUCUUCUUGUAAAAGACAAGACUUUCUAUACACAAAAUGGACUACUGCACAUGAUAGACAGAAAUAAACGAAUUAAACCCAGACCAGAACGUUUCCAGGCUACUAGAGAUAAGUUUGAUAUUCUUGUUACUUGUGAAGAGCGAGUAUAUGAUCAAGUUAUUGAAGCUUUAGAAAGCCGAACCCCGACAGACAAUUCUUCAGUCCAUGUAAUCAACAUUGAUAUCCAAGAUAACCAUGAAGAAGCCACAUUAGGGGCAUUUUUGAUCUGUGAACUCAUGACUGUGCUGUCACAGAGUGAAGAUCUGGAUAAUGACAUUGAUGAGCUGCUUCAUGAUUUUGAACUGAAAUGUGAGCGUCCCAUCCUGCACUGCGUGCUGUUCUACUGAAAAACUGUAAUAUCUGAAGGCACAUGGUGAAGUGACUUAACAGAUGAAAAGGUAUAUUAUAUGUUAAUAGAUAUGGAAAAUUGUAUAAUAUUGUAUGAACAAUAAAGAAGUAAAUGUAAAUAGUA